CGCCGUCCUGUGGCGUAUUUUGAGGACAAGGACACGAUCCCCUGUCAGAAGUGUUUUCACAUGUGAGUAUCAAACAUGGCGAGAUUUUUUAGGCCUACCGUCAGGAGUUUUGUCACCUCACAGCUGAGAACGUCAUCCGACCAGCUGGGUGAGCUGGGAAAAGGUGCAGGAAAAGGUGGUGGUGGUGGAGGGUCCAUCAGAGAGGCCGGUGGAGCCAUGGGGAAGAAGCAGGCAGCUGAGGAGGAGAUGUACUUUAAGCGUAAGGAGCAGGAGCAGCUGGCUGCAUUGAAGCAGCAUCACCAGGAGGAAAUUGACCACCACAAAAAGGAGAUUGAACGUAUGCAGCGCGAGAUCGACCGCCACAAGGGAAAAAUCAGGAAAUUGAAGCACGACGACUGAGGGAAACCAGUUCCAGUAUUCUCACCAACCCAGCUAGACACCUCUACUACUUACUCAGAUUGCCGCAUGUACUGUGUCACCAGGACGGUCAUGAAUGUAUAGGAAAUUGUUCUGUAAAUGCUUGAGCGUUAUUAAAACCGUUUAUAGAGUGAU